AUGAUUCAUGGACCAUGUGGAAAGCUCAAUACAAAGUCUCCAUGUAUGAUGAAAGACAAGUGCACGAAACAUUUUCCAAAAAAAUUCAAUGAUAAAACUACAAUCGACACAGAUGGCUUUCCAAUCUACAAAAGAAGAGAUACAGGUAUUCGUGUUGAGAAAAAGAAUAUCUUAUUAGAUAAUCGUUAUGUUGUCCCUUACCAUAGAAAUCUAAUAGUCAAAUUCGAUGCACAUAUUAAUGUUGAGCUUUGCAAUUACUCAAGAUCCAUAAAAUAUCUUUUUAAGUAUGUCCAUAAAGGGUCUGAUAGAACAACUGCAACAGUGGAAUCAAUCGACAACACCGAAGGGAUAGACGAGAUUAAAACAUAUCUUGAUUGCAGAUAUAUCUCAGCAACUGAAGCUUGCUGGAGAAUCUUCCAAUUCGACAUACAUUAUCGAAAGCCAUCAGUUGAAAGAUUGCCAUUCCAUUUACCUGGAGAGCAUACAGUGAUAUUCGGAGAAGAUAAGUGCCCUGAAAAUGUUCUUGGCACACUUGGAGUAGACAAAACAAAGUUUACUGAAUGGUUAGAGACAAACAAGAAUAACGAGGAUGCUCGGGAGCUAACUUAUUCUGAUUUCCCUACAUGUUGGGUUUGGAAUUCGAAAGAUAAAAUAUGGACAAGAAGAAAACAAGGUAUUGCAAUUGGAAGAAUAUACUUUGCACACCCUUCAACAGGAGAACGCUUCUACAUGAGAAUGAUGCUAAAUUUUGUGAAAGGAUGCACUUCUUACGAAAGUAUCAGAACAGUGAACGGAGUCACAUAUUCUACUUUCAAAGGUGCAUGUUAUGCUCUCGGAUUAUUAGAUGAUGAUAAAGAAUGGAUCGACUGCUUGACUGAAGCUGCACUUUGGGCCACUGGAAAUGAAUUAAGGCAUCUUUUUGUAACAAUCCUCAUUAAUUGUCAGGUUUCUGAUGUCACAAAACUUUGGAAAUCAAACUACACCACAUUGUCAGAAGACAUUACUGCAUUACAAAGGAAAAGAUUCAAGAUGGAGGAUCUUCAGCUAAAUGAUCAACAAGUUGAAGCAUACACAUUGUUUGAAAUUGAAUGUAUCAUGCAAAAAAUGGGAAAAAGUCUGAAAGACAUAGAUGGAAUGCCCCAGCCUACUUCAUCUUUGAUGAGAGAAACAGGUAAUAGAUUGGUCAAUGAAGAAUUGGAUUAUGACACAAAACAAUUGAAAAUCCUCCAUGACAAAUCAUUUUCUCUUCUAAAUCCUUCACAAAAAAUAGCUUAUGAAGCAAUACUGAAUUCUGUAGAGAAUGAACAAGGAAAAUUAUUUUUCAUCAAUUUCAGAUACAAAAAUUGA